ACAUAUCCAGAACUUACAAGGAAUACUCAAUGCCCAGCUGUGGUUUUCAGUCUAGUUGAUGAGAUUCUUAGUUUUCCUCAGAAUCGCAAGCCACAUGCUGAGGAAUCCUGCUUCGCAUAACUAAUUGCUUAUGUUGGUGAUUACCAAUCGAUUCGACCAAUGAUCGUCUCGAGGUCAGCUUGUUGUGCAUGAAAUAUGCAGGAAAGGGUCUAGAAGUUCGGCGACCUUUCGGAUUCGGACUCGGACUCGGUGAUGAGUAUGACAUGGUGAAGCAAACAACGCUGAGCCCUAUUACUAUGCCCUACAUCUUCUUCUUCUCUCGUUGCAUCUUGGCUCAAACAGGGUGACUACUGUGGAUCGGUCCCACGGAUUCGACCAACAAUUACCGUCAUCAUGUCAACCUCAGACCGCACGAGCGAGAUCAGUGACGUGGAGAAAGCCACCGCGGCUGAGACGCUCAAGGAAGUGCCCGCCAGCAAUGCUGCGGGAUCCACGGCCUUGACUGGCCUGCCCUUGUAUACGGUGCUGGUCGGGCUGGGGCUGGCUCUAUUCCUGGGAGCCAUGGAUAUGGCCAUGCUUGGCACGGCCGUUCCUUCCAUCACUUCAACUUUCCAUACGACCGCGGAUAUCGGCUGGUAUGGCGCUGCAUAUCCCCUCACCAUGUCCUCCAUCCAGCUGCUGGCCGGCAAGACCUACGCCCAGUUUCCGCAGAAGCUGGUGUUUCUGAUCUUCUUCGGGUUGUUCAUGCUUGGCUCGUUGCUCUGCGGAGUGGCCGUCAACUCGCCCAUGUUCAUCGUUGGACGGGCGAUCGCGGGAGCCGGUGCAGCUGGGGUCUUGUCGGGCACGCUGGCCAUCGUCUCUGCGGUGGUGCCCCUGGACAAGCAGUCGCUCAUCCUGGGUCUGAUGAUGUCGCUCGUGGGCACAGCCGUUGUGCUCGGCCCGGUCAUCAGCGGUCUCCUGACGGACCACAGCACCUGGCGCUGGUGCUUCUACCUGAAUCUGCCCUGUGGCGGCGUUACUCUCCUGGCUCUGGUCCUCUUCUUCCGUCCGCCCAAGAGGCCCGCCCGGACGACCCCGCUGUCCCUCCCGGAGCUGAUCAAGAAGCUUGAUCUGGCGGGUUGUCUCGUCUUCAUCCCCGCGGUAGUCAUGCUCCUCCUUGCCCUGCAGUGGGGCGGCGACGGCAGCAAAGAGCACGCCUGGAACUCGGCCACCAUCAUCGGCCUGUUCUGCGGCUCCGGGGUGUCACUCAUCCUCUUCCUGGUCUGGGAGUACUACCAGGGGGACGACGCGAUGCUGCCGCUCAAUUUCUUCAAGGACCUGACCAUCAUCGCGAGCUGCCUGUACGGCUUUGCUUUGCUGGGUGGUUACGUCGUGGUCGGCUACUUCCUCCCCGAGUGGUUCCAGAUCAUCAAGGGAGCCAACCCGCAAAGCAGUGCUGUCAUGUUACUUCCUAACGUGAUCACCAACUUCAUCUCCAAGGCUGUAAUCGGAGUCAUCGUCAACAAAACCGGCUACUUCAACCCUUGGCUCUUCUUUGGGGCAGCUGUGCUUGCCAUCGGCUCCGGCUUGGAAACCAACUUCCACCCCUCGACGCCACGGCCCAACUGGAUCGGCUACCAGAUCCUGCAGGGCGCCGCGCUCGGCAUUAUCCAGGCACCCACCCUCGGGGUGCAGGUCGCCCUCGCCAAGCAGAAACAUCUGAUCCCCGUGGCCCUGUCGCUGGUCAUCUUCUUCCAGUACUUCGGCAGCAGCAUUAUGCUGAGUAUCUCAUUAACCAUCUUCCAAAACCUGCUGCGGCCUGGGCUGGUGAACAAGGCGGGCAUGACCCAGGCGCAGGUGCAGCAGUAUGUCGCCGCGGGCAACUCGGAGGUGCGCCAGUUGACAGCCCAAAUUGACCCCUCGCGCUUGGGCGUCGUGUUGCAGGUGUACAACGAUGCGAUCGCGGGGGUUAUGUGGCUUUCGACAGCGGCGGCAUUGUUCGGGUUUGUCGUGUCCUUUGGAUUUCCUUGGAAGAGUCUGAAAGCGCAGACAGAGGAGAACAAGAAGGAGGCGGCGGAGGCGGAGGUGGCAGCUGCAGAGGCUUGAAUUGCUGAAUCUUAAUUGAAUGGGUUGGUAGAGGGCUAGGGAAGUGGUGGUGGAACGGUAAAGACGAUGCUGUGGCGCGCCGGGAGUUGAAUCUAGAAUGCAGCACAUAUGGCGUUCUGCUUUACACCAAUUGAAUCUGAAUCAGUUGAUACAAGAGGGAAGAGUAGUCCAGAUUAUAUGGAACAUCUGGAACAUCUAAGGAUUAUAGUUGCGUGGGUAAAUCUGAACACCCAGACUUUCCGGAUGUGGCGUAUCUCAGCUCUCUCCGGACUGUUAGCAGGUCAUAAUCUUGGCGGACUUUGCAUGGUUGAAUGAGCUCGAAGUGCGGGAAGUACUGCUCACAGGUUUCGC